AUGCGGUGCCAGUCACUUCUCUCUCUCUUUCUUUCUUUCUUUCUUUCUUUCUUUCUUUCUUGUAAUCUUGUUUAUUUCUUUCUUUUUAUCAAAUUUAUUUUGCCUUCUUUUUACUUUUGUUCAAGCAGCUUCCUUUUUCUUUCUUUCUUUCUUUCUUUCUUUCUUUCUUUCUUUCUUUCUUUCUUUCUUUCUUUCUUUCUUUCUUUUACCGUUAUUUCUUUUUGCUUGUUUCUUUCAAUAUUUUUUGUUUGUUUGUUUUUUCUUUCUUUUUAUCAAAUUUAUUUUACGUUCUUUCUUUCUGGCAUGGAUUUCUUUUCUUUCUUUGUUUUUGUUUGUUUCUUGCAAUUUUAUUUGUUUUGUUGCCUUCUUUAUAGCAAAUUUAUUUUCCUUUCUUUUAUCUUUCGUUCAGGCAACUUCCUUUUUAUUUGUUUGUUUCUUUCUUUCUUUAACUUUAUUUGCCUCUAUUUCCAACGACUCCUUUUCAUAGUCUUUUUUUUCAUUCUUUGUUUAUUUCUUUCUAGUAAUUUUAUUUUUGUUCUUUCUGUCUUUCUUUUUAACAAAUUUCUUUUAUUUUUUCGUUCAUGCAACUUUUUCUUUCUUUCUUUCUUUCUUUCUUUCUUUCUUUCUUGUUUGUUUUCUUGCUUUAUAGCAAAUUCCUUCUUUCUUUGUUUUUGUCAAUCGUUCGUCGAGUUAAUUCCGUCUUUUUCUUUGUUUUCUGUCUAUCGUUUGCUAAACUUUUUUUUCCUUCUAUCUCUCUUUCUUUCUUUCUUUCUUUCUUUUUUCUUUCUAGAAAAUUCCUUCUUUUUUUUUUGUUUUUUGUCUAUCAUUCGUACACUUUUCUUUCUUUCUUUCUUUCUUUCUUUCUUUCUUUCUUUCUUUCUUUCUUUCUUUCUUUCUUUCUUUCUAGUUAACUACCUAAUUUCUUCUCUUUCUAUCGUUUGGACAACUUUCUUUUUUCGUUUGUUCUUUCUUUCUUUCUUUCUUUCUUUCUUUCUUUCUUUCUUUCUUUCUUUCUUUAUCUUUCCCUCUUUCUUUCUUUCUUUCUUUCUUUCUAUUAGCGAGUUAAUUCCUUCUCUUUCUUGGUUUUCUGUCUAUCAUUCAUACACAUUUCUUUCUUUCUUUCUUUCUUUCUUUCUUUCUUUCUUUCUUUCUUUCUUUCUUUCUAGCUAG